AUGGAAGCUAAGUUCUGUGAGAUGGAAAGGGCUCUGUCGGAGGAAGGGCAGCAAGUCCGAGCCCAGGAGUGUGCCCAAGAUGCCCUCUCAUGUGGCAGUGAAGAGACAGUGUUGAUCAAUUCACUUUGUGGAGGUGUGGAGACAGCUCCUGCUCUUCAAGUCCAGUUUGAGGAGGUGGCCGUGUAUUUCACUGAUGCAGAGUGGGCCCUGCUGGAUCCAAACCAAAGAGAUCUCUACAAGGAAGUCAUGCUGGAGAACUACGGGAGUGUGGCCCAGGAAAAAGCCAGUGAAAUGUUUUGCAUGUGGAUGAUCAGACCUCCUUCCGUGGAUGCUAAUGGAAUCUGUCUUUACAUUCCAGCAAGAAAUGAUCAGUGGGAUGAGGGUGAUGAGGAAGUGCAUCAGCUAUUGCCAGGUAAAGUGAAGAAUGAAUAUUUGAAAGAAAACUUCAAGAAUCAAGGCAGACAGAAGAGGCAGAAAGGAAGUCACAUGGUCGAGAAGAGGGAUAAACCCAUUCCUGGGCAAGAGCAGGAUUUCCAUGAACUAAUCCACAAGCUGGAGGUGGCAUGCAAAGCAGAGCUCCUUAGACAUCAAAGAACACAUAAACCUUAUAGCUGCUCAGACUGUGGCAAGAGCUUCUCACAGAAAGCAGACCUUUUUCAACACCAAAGAACUCAUUCAGGAGAGAAGCCAUUUAUCUGCAUGGAGAAUGGAAGGGUAUGCAGAUCACACCUCCUUGUGCACCAAAGAGUACACACAGGAGAGAAACCUUUUGAAUACUCAGAGUGUGGAAGGAGAUUCAUACGCAGUGGCAAUCUUCAGAAGCAUUUAAGAACCCACACAGGGGAGAAACCUUUUGAAUGCUCAGAGUGUGGAAAGAGAUUCAGUCAGAGUAGCACUCUUAAAGAGCAUCAAAUAACACACACAGGGGAGAAACCUUUUGAAUGCUCAGAGUGUGGAAAGAGAUUCACAUACAGUAGUAAUCUUCAAAUGCAUUUAAGAACCCAUACAGGGGAGAAACCUUUUGAAUGCUCAGAGUGUGGAAAGAGAUUCACAUACAGUAGUAAUCUUCAAAGGCAUUUAAGAACCCACACAGGAGAGAGACCUUUUGAAUGCUCAGAGUGUGGAAAGAAAUUUAAUCAGAGUGGCAGUCUUAAACAGCAUCAAAGAAUGCACACUGGGAAGAAACCUUUUGAAUGCCCAGAGUGUGGAAAGAGAUUCACACGCAGUGGCAUUCUUAAAGCGCAUCAAAGAACACACACAGGGGAGAAACCUUUUGAAUGCUCAGAGUGUGGAAAGAUAUUCACAUACAGUAGUAAUCUUCAUAGGCAUCUAAUAACUCACACAGGAGAGAAACCCUUUGAAUGCUCAGAGUGUGGAAAGAAAUUUAAUCAGAGUGGCAGUCUUAAACAGCAUCAAAGAAUCCACACUGGGAAGAAACCUUUUGAAUGCUCAGAGUGUGAAAAGAGAUUCAGACGCAGUUGCGAUCUUCAAAAGCACUUAAGAUCCCACACAGGGGAGACACCUUUUGAAUGCUCAGAGUGUGGAAAGAGAUUCAGACACAGUGGCGAUCUUAAAACACAUAAAAGAACCCACACAGGGGAGAAACCUUUUGAAUGCUCAGAGUGUGGAAAGAGAUUCAGUCUGAGUGGCAAUCUUAAAGAGCAUCAAAGAACACACACAGGGGAAAAACCUUUUGAAUGCUCAGAGUGUGGAAAGAUAUUCACAUACAGUAGUAAUCUUCAAAUGCAUUUAAGAACCCACACAGGGGAGAAACCUUUUGAAUGCUCCGAGUGUGGAAAGAGAUUCACACGCAGUGGCAUUCUUAAAGAGCAUCAAAGAACACACACAGGGGAGAAACCUUUUGAAUGCUCAGAGUGUGGAAAGAGAUUCACACGCAGUGCCACUCUUCAAAAGCACUUAAGAACCCACACAGUGUCAGUCUUUUAA